GCAUCAUAACAGCCGCUAGUAGCUCGAGUAGCACCCUGGAUCUUUGCGGUGACCGGGUGACGGGAUAAUCUUAGCUAAUUAUAACAGAUAAUAACUCCAGACUUCAAAUAAGGUAACAAUACGAUAUCAAGACAACUCUACGAAUACCGACUGUAUUCAGAUCACCCUCUUCGAACCGCUGGGAUAUGGCCAGACAAGAACAGGUUUUGCUCUUGGAGCCACAGCACGAACUGAAAUUCCGAGGUCCAUUCUCAGACGUCGUCACCACGACUCUCAAACUCUCCAACCCGACAGACAGGAAUGUGUGUUUCAAGGUGAAGACGACUGCGCCGCGCCGGUACUGCGUGCGGCCGAACAGCGGCGUCAUCGAUGCGGGGACCUCCAUCAAUGUCUCAGUCAUGCUGCAGCCCUUCGACUAUGACCCCAAUGAGAAGAGCAAACACAAGUUCAUGGUCCAGUCCAUGCUGGCUCCGCCUGAGAUGACUGACAUGGAGGGAGUGUGGAAAGAAGCCAAGCCAGAGGAACUGAUGGACUCUAAGCUGAGUCAAGCCAUCGCCGUGGAAGUGGCCAGGGGCUUGGCCGUAUUUGGAAACAGAACGCGCUGGGGGACCGGUCCGGAAGGGGGCCAAAGGGCCCUGACGGCCUUUGUGACGGAGACGGGGGACAAAGGGCUCCGCCUUUACCUGCAUGAAUACGUCAUCGCAGGGUAG